AUGUCUGAUGAUAAAACUGAAGGUCCUAAAACAUGUCUAGUGUUUCUAGGUUUGGAAAUAGACACAGUGGAAAUGGUGGUUAGGGUUCCUUUAAAGAAAGUAGAAGAGCUGUGUUCCUUAAUUACUCAAGUGCUUGGUAAGUCAAAAAUUAAGUUGGCAGACCUACAGUCCUUUGCAGGUAAAGUUGCAUUUUGUGCCAGGGCUAUACCUAGUGCUCGUGCUUUCUGUAGACGGAUAUACGAAUCCAUGUCGGGUGUCAAAAAGGCGUACCAUUACAUUCGUCUCGGUGCAAACUUGAAGGAAGAUCUUAGGACAUUACACAAGUUUUUCCAUUCUUUUAAUGGUGUUUGUUAUUUCCCAGAUAGGGAAUGGUUGUCAAACGUGAGUUGUGAGCUGUACACAGACAGUUCAGGCAACAGUGCAUUAGGUUGUGGGGCACUCUUUCAGAAACAAUGGUUGGUAGUGAAGUGGUCAGAAUUUGACUUCUCGGCUGAGGUUUUUAGGGAUAUUACUUAUCUUGAACUGAUUCCAAUAUUUCUUGCUCUUUUUGUGUGGGGCCAGGAACUUCAGAACAAGAAAGUUAUUUUUCAUUGUGAUAACAUGGCCCUGGUGGAAAUUUUAAACAAAAAAUCUUCUCGAUCUUGCAGAGUUAUGUCCCUUAUCAGACCCUUGCUAUUAGAGUGUAUGUACCAUAAUGUCCAGUUCAAAGCAAUGCACGUACCAGGGGUUAGUAAUGCUAAGGCAGAUGCACUCUCUCGUUUGCAGUUUCACCGUUUUCGGGAAUUGGCCCAGGAUUCAUCCCAACAGGCUUGUGUCAUUCCACAGGCGUUCUGGACAAUUUUCAUGCAGAAUUCCACAGAUUGA